UGCCUUGAUGGCAUGGAUUUGCUAAAUCAAAUCGUUAUCUAUCGCGGCUGUGAUGCAUCGUUAAUUAUUAACUAUGUAGCUUUACUACGUGAAGUAUACUCACAUGCAGCAGCAAAUUUAAAAGGACAACAGAUGCAAGAAGAUGAAAGGAAAUCAAGUAUGACGCUGCAUUGGCGAAAAAUUAAUGAACAUUUUAUGAAAAUAAGAUAUGCAACAAUUGACUGCUGGCCUCGAGGCAAUGAAAGUGACCUGUUGGCUAUAUAUGUUUCAAUGGCUGUACUUUACUCAUUAUACAAAGAUUUUUGUGAUGAUGACCUAAUAAAGCAGUGUUAUGAUGCCGCUCAAAUUGCCAGAAAUUGCGGAAGUCAUGGACUAAGCGAAAGCGAAUUUUCUGAAGUUCAACAAUAUUGUGAUAUCAUCGAAAAUAUUUACUUUAUUCGUUCAAUUAAAACAAUUGGUACUUCUCAUCAGGGUGAUCGUGGAAAAAAAGAAAAUUUAGAGUUUAGCUCUGAGCAAAACAAAACUGCUCCAGCAUUUCUUACUGACUAUACUUAUUUCGCAAGGAAUACACAAAAAUCGACUAAUCACGCUGAACAUCAAAUGAACCAGAAGGAAGUAAAAGAUUUAGGAAGUUCCGAUGCGAAGGAAGGUCAAGAUUCGGAAAAUUUGGAAAUGUUGAUAAACAAAAAUUGUAAUCAAUUCGAACAAUUCGAUAAUAAAUUCGCUAAUGAGGAACCGCAAGGCUCAGCAAAUCCCGUAGAAAUGGAUUUCAGACUAGAAUCUAAAAAGCCGGAACAGUUGGCAAGUCAAGAUUGUCGCCAAUACUCUAACAAAUUCGAAAAACAACAAAAGCAAACACUUUAUGAGAAAACUGAAUUUUACAAUAAUGAUGGUGAUCUGUCGAAUAUCAAUCAAAAUAGUGCUGAAAAUCGAUCACUGGAAAAUCUGAAAGAAAUGGUUAAUCCUUAA